CCUUUUUGUUUUGAUACUCUCAUAUUUGAGAAAGUUUUUGCUGUCUGCAAAUUGAUUUGCGGUCUCUAGGAUCCUGGAAUCAGGUAAAAAUCUACCAAAAGAACCUUUUGGGUGUAUGUGUGGUGUUUUUCAGUAUUAACUGCCCAGGUACUGGUUGGGGCAUAUCUGCAUAACAGCUGUGGGGUUUUUAUUCAUUUAUUUAUUUUUUUAACCAUAAGGGACUGUUAUUGCACCCUGCUGGAGGAUCUGUGAGUGAUUCAGACCAGUGGAGGGAGUUUCUGUGUAUGCCGGGUGGUUGUAGGAUAAUCUUGUAGCAGGCAGAUAUGGCCAACAGUAUCUAGAGGGGAUUUAGAAUAAUUGUUUUUUUUCAUUUGUGUUCGUUUUCUGUCUGUCUACUAAGUGGUGUUUGUUUUAAAAUUGCGACUCUAUAGGUUUCAUCCUUGAGAAAAUCUUUUGUUUGGGAUUGUGUGCUUUUAUUAUUACAAGUUUCAAUAUUGGAGGUUGGGUAACAAUCCGACCAAUCUGAAUUACCUACGCCAUUUUGAAAUAGCACAUGUGCCAGUGGCCAUUUUGUCUUUAAGCACAUGUGCCAGCAGCCAUUUUGUCUUUGUUUUCGAAAAAGGUAUAUUGGGCUAUUGGUGGGAGACCCAUCCCCUGCAUAUAACCUUAACAGUUGUUCUAUUGUAUAUAAUAGAUUUUCAUCUUUACAUUUCAUAACAGCAAAGUUCUCUUUGAACUUUUUGGAACAUUUUUUACAUUUUUGUUAUACCUCUCUGCUGUUCUCUGCAGUCUAUUGACUGCUACUUCCUCCGGGAUAGGGGGUUUUCCUAAGGAAGAGACCAUCACAUGGUGUUGUAAUUGUCCUUUUGUGUGAGGGAAGGAAGAGUGUUGCAUGGUUUACAACAUAAGGCUAUUUGUUAACUAGCUGUUUCUCUUUUUAUACUCCUUGUUUUCCUGCUCUUUCUCUCUUUAUUUUCCUCUCUUUAUCCUUCCUUCCAUCCUUUAUUCUCCCCAUCUCUCUCACUUUUCUCCUUUUCUCUCCUUUAAAACACUUUUGCUUACUCUCUCUCUCUCUCUCUCUCUCUCUCUCUCUCUCUCUCUCUCACUCACCACACUAACUCCUUAUCUUGCUUUUGGCUAGCCCUCUUUUCUGUUUUAAUCCAUUCUCAAACCAACACAUUCUCUGUAGGUUCGGUUGGAAGACAUCUUUUCCGUCAUUGGAAGUCUGGUAGUGUAAGAUAGCUGCUGUCUGCUUAUGAAAGUUGCUGUUAGGAAGGAAAUUCCUGUUAGUUACGACCAUAAGGGCUGUGCUGCGAAUUCAGGCUGUAUAGGGCGAAAAAAACAGUGAACUGGUUAGCUUUUUGUGAGGAGAAAGUGGGCCAAGCCUACUCGGGUUCAUCAAUUGUCACGUGAGCUUUGUUCUCUUUUCUCUUCCCCUCGAGGUCCAUCUUAAGGGUGGAAGGUGUCUGUGGUUCGUACCAAAGCCCGGGGGUGGGGAAAUUAUUGAGGACGAUUCCCUUUCUUGUUCGCUUUCUUGACUUUUCAUCACUGAGUGACCAGGUGUCCAAGGUUCGUACCGGAAGCUUGGGGCACGGAACUUGGGGAGGGGUUUCUCUGUUUCUAUCUGUUUUUCUAGCCACUUUCUCUCAAAACCUAUUGGCCAGACUGGGGUGACCAGGUGUCCGUGGUUGGUACCGGAAUCCCUAGGAAGGUUCAACUAUAUCUCCCUUGUUCUCACUCCCUGUCGCUCCCUCAACACUCCAGGCAUUGGGGACUCCUGCAGUCAGGGCGUUGUUUUGAGCCAAUUUAGCAUGAGGGAUAAGGAAGGUGUCCGUGGUUCGUACUUGUCCGGAUCCCUCGGCUGCUGAUCCUUCUCUCUGAGUGGGCUACGGUGGAUAAUGUCCGUGGUUCGUAUUUGAAGCCCUAGAGCUACUCAGAGGACGAACAGGUAAGGAUCGACGGCGGUCUGCGCGGUGGACGUAGACACUGUAGGUGGACGCAUCUAAUUGGAAAAAGCUUGAGACUCGAGAAUGGGUGUAGGGAAAUCUAGGGAACAGAAGGGUACCACUUCUGAGUUCAGGACGGCUCAGCAGCACAUCCACAUAUGGAGGAGGGAGUGUUAAGCCCCUCAAAGGCUGGCACAAAUGGUCUUCAGGUUUAGAAUGGUCCAUCCCUAAGGAGGGGACGUUUGAGGUCUGGAUCUGGGAAAAGUUUGUCCGUGAGUUCCACUCCAGACCCCAAACACAUGGGUCUUUAGAGAAGGCCAAUUUGUGGUUACAGGAAUCAGAACUGCAGAAAGCAAUAAUGAUAAGGACGAGACAAAGCUGCAAACAGGUUUAAAUUUGCUAGCAACACAGGUCAUCUCAACAGCCUCUGCUCAUCUGUCUCCAUCACCAUCCCCACAUUCGGAAUCCGCAAAAGAUGCCUCUGACAAAACAGAUUACUGCUGCCUUGGAAAAUCCGAUUUGGUCACCUUAUGUGAAGCCAGAGGUAUCUCUAUAAUAGACAAAUCCAAAUUAGAAUGCAUAGAGGCCUUGGAAAGGGAUGACUUCCACAGGGCCCUGAGGGGGAUUACAGGCGCUACGGGGGGGGGCAAGGAAUUCUGUAAGCAACUGACAGACAAAAUGCCCACUAUGUAUAGUGUUGUGUCCCCAUUCCUGUUUAUGACAGCAAUCCAGGGCCCAGAUGAGGACGCCUCGGUCUAUUGGUGGAGUUUAAAACAAGGGGUAACAGAUGCAGGGUUAGAGCCAGGUCCAGAUGCCCCAGAGAACACCCAGCAAGUAUCGCCCAUCCAUCUAAUGUUAAAGGCUAAAUUUCUGGCUGGAUUGGUGCCUAAGCUAAGAGAUAGGCUAAUGGUUGCACGACCAGAGGCCUAUGAGUUUCCACUCCCUUAUGGCAACAAUCCAGGCCAUAGAACUGGACCUGCAUGCCAGGAAAGAGGCCAAGUCGGCCAAAAUCAUGGCAGCUCUUGAGCUAAUAGCCCAGGACCACCAUCCCUAUCCUAGGAAAAACAAACUCACCAAAUGUACUAAUAUAACUUGUUUUAAUUGCGAUCAAAAAGGACAUUUAGCCGCCACUGUCCAGAAAAUGAGGACAAGAAAGAACAAAAUUCUCCUAGUCCUUAUAAAGUUGUUCCUGACCAGCCUCCCGCACAUAACCCAAACCCGGGGAAAUCUUACCGUAGUACGGAGGGCCCUCCGGGAACCUACCAUUUCAUACCAGACCCUGAAACCGUUAAAACCAUCGGAGCUGCUACACAGUCCCAUAGGGUAAAGGCAAACCGGUUUUGGCCCAUGUCAAUCUAUUUAUUGAGGAAUUGCCAUAUCCUCUGUCCUGCCUCAUUGACACCGGCGCAGCCAGGACUGUUCUAGAAACACAAGAUCUAAAAGGCAGGAUUCCACUCUCUGGCAACACAACCCCCACCAUUGGGCUUACAGGUCAUCCAGUGACUCUUAGGGAGACGAAACCAUUGUACUGCAGGUUAGAUCAACACACCGAAGCAGUCAGAUUUCUAUUAGUUUCAGAUGAUGUCCCUAUCAACCUAUUGGGAGCAGACAUUCUGUCGGAGAUUCAGGCCAACAUCACUUAUACCCCAGAGGGUGUUGUGGUAACUAGUGCAAUCACAGACGAGUUGCUGUGUGCAGUGGUGGCAGUCCCGUAUACUUGGAGAACCUGGUACACAUUUGUCCCUGGAUGUACUAGCUGAGGUAGACCCUAAGGUUUGGGCGGUUGACAAAUAUGAUGUGGGCUUGCUGCCAGUACCUCCAGCCAAUAUAUACGGAUUGCCCCCGGUUGCGUGCUACCAAAAUUGCCACAGUAUCCUCUGAGUAUAGGGCAGAUGGACAGUCUCAAGAACGAGAUUGAUAGCUAUCUCCAAAUCGGGGUCUUAACCCCAACACAAUCACCCUGUAAUACACCUUUAUUUCCAGUGGCAAAAAAAUCAGCCAAGGGUCAGGAAGUCACUUACCGACUGGUCCAUGAUCUCAGAGCCAUUAACAAAAUCAUAGUCAUAAUCAUGAUGCCCCAUUAGUGCCUAAUCCUCAAACAUUACUUGAGUCCAUCCCUCCUAAAGCUUUGUGCUUUAGUGUUAUUGACUUGUCUAAAUCAAUUACAGCAGAGAUUGGAUCCCUAAUAUUUCAUUCAAAAUGGGUCCUCUCUAUACUUUACCCUCUCAGACACCAUUUCAAUUAACAGACGAACACUGGUCAACCCUCCAGGAUCUGAUCCAGGAACUCUCCAGGGCCCCGGCACUAGGUCAUCCCAGCUAUGACCUACCCUUUUAUCUCUUUUGUCACGAAAGAAAAGGGCAUGCCACUGGGGUACUGACCCAAUUACAUGGAUCCAGGUAUAGACCCAUCGUACAUUUCCACUGAAUUGGAUCCAGUCAUCAAAGGUUCACCUGGGUGCGUCCGAGCUACCGCCGCCUGUGAUGUGUUAUUACAGAAAGUUGGUGACAUCGUUUUAGAUUCCCCUCUAACCCUUCUCACCCCACGCUCUGUCCAAGAGAUUCUCAACCAGGUCCAGACCAAACAUCUGUUAUCAGCACGUCUUACCAAAUAUGAAGUGGCUCUCCUCACCCCUAUUAACCUCACACUGAGACGAUGUACAAUCCUCAAUCCCGCAUCUCUUCUCCCGACCCAUUCUUAAUCGGAAGAAGAGGGGGGGGACAAAGGGAUUGUGACUGACUCUAACCCAACCAUGACAGAACCAACAGACAAUUACAACUAUCUUGAACUCAUGGAACUCGAGACAGAAGCAGUUAGCCCUGUCAAGAGAGCUCCCCUUCCGGAAGCAAUAGACCUUUUUGUAGAUGGUUCCAGGUAUUACACAUCAGAUGGUAAACCUCGCACAGGAUACGCUGUAACAACAGUUGAAAGUAGUAGAAAGAGGCUCUCUUAGCAGCCACAUGUCGGCCCAGGAGGCUGAAUUACACGCAUUGGCCAGAGCCUGUGAAAAACAUGAAGGUUUAAGGAUCAAUGUACACACGGACUCGAGGUACGCAUUUGGUAUAGCUCACGAUUUUGGCCCAAUCUGGAAAGCUAGAGGAUUCCUCACUAGCUCGGGGAAACCUAUAAAACAUGCCGAAAUGAUCAAUAGAUUGUUCAUAGCAUUCACUCUUCCUUUAGAAGUCAAAGCUCACACCACAGAGACCACCAUGGAAGCCAAGGACAAUGCAAUGGCAGAUCUGGCUACUAAAGAAGGAACCCUUGAUCCCCCUCCCCUGUCUCUAAUGCUAGCUAAACCCCCUGAUGUGUCUCAUGAGGAAUUUAAGAAGUUGCAGGCUCAAGCGGAGAGUACAGAGAAGCGGAAAUGGGCAACAGAGGGGGCUGAUAAGAUCUGGAGUCUCGAUGGUGACUGGGUAGUCAUAAAUAAACAUCAGCGCCAGGGACUAGAUGCGAGAUACACUGGACCGUACCAGGUUCUUUUGACAACAUCCACCUCCCUUAAGGUCGAGGAACGUUACGGGUGGAUCCACGCCAGCCACUGCAAGAAGCUGCUGGACUAUCAAGUGCAAUGAUCAGGUGCAUUGCUUCUAUAUACACUUGUUAUUUAAUGUAUUUUGGAUACUGCUGAUGAGGAGUCACAUCCGAAUUUACUGUUCAAGAUGAAUUUACAAUUAGCAAAGACGGCAAAUAGGUCCAACUGCUGGGUGUGCUCCAAACCCCCUCCGAGCUAGAGCAUCCCGACGAUGGCGGCAGUACAUGCCCUUUAUGACAUCAGGGUGGGCAUGAGAAAAUUUAGUCAUUGAGGUAGAUCAGCGGAACACCAUCUGUCCAUAGAAUUUAAUCAGACAUUCUUAGAUGGUAAUGUCACCUAUGGUCUUGAUGUCAGCCCCGAGGCUUGUACUAGACUUAGCAGACCUGUGUGGGUAUCCGGUUAAUUAGGCCAGCCCGGGAUUUGUUUUAAUAUCAGCUCUGGUUUUGGAGCCAAGUCCCUGGGGAGGACCGAAUGCCCAUCUGGGAUAACCAUCCAGAUCGACCAUAGAGUCCCUGAC